GAAUUCGGGAAUUGAAGUAUAAACAACAAAGAAUAGAAUAUCUUGGAGGGAGACAAGACUAAAAUGGGAGAAGAGCAAGUCAUUUGUACCGAGUCGCCGAAUAUAAAUACCAAAGACGAAGUUAAAAAGUCAGCAGUAUAGGAGCGGACCAGUAUGUGAGCUGUCACCUACACCAGCCUUGAUACUCCUGAUACGAAGAAGUCUUGGCCAUAAGAUCGAACGGUAGCAUCUCGUACUACUUCAUAAUCGACAUUUUAGAGUUUACGAAGAAGAUUUUAGAAUAAAAAGAAGAAGAACGUGAUCACAUUAAUCGUGCGCUAUGGAGAUGGUCAAGGACUACGUUGAAGGAAGUACCAUGCAACGUCGUGAUGCCGUGGACAUCAUCGAGGAAUUCAGCUCCGAGCUGUCAAAGGUGCGAGGUAAAUGUCUCGAUAUUGGAUCCGGCCCUGGUGACAUUACCAAGGACUUGUUAUUGCCUCUAUUGCCACACGACGUCGAAGUAGUAGGUGCGGAUAUAUCGCAAGCGAUGGUAAAUUACGCCCGUCAGAACAACAACGACGAACGACUAUCGUACAUCGUCCUGGAUAUCGAGGGAAGAAUAUCAAAGGAGCAAAUCGGACAAUACGAUUAUGUGACGUCCUUUUAUUGUUUACAUUGGUCUAAGGAUUUAUGGCGGGCUUUCAAAAAUAUAUACAAAUUGUUACGUCCGAAUGGAAAAGCGCUUGUGAUGUUUCUUGGCUUUCAUUGCGGAUUCGAAGCAUACGUGCGUCUCGGGCAAAAUCCAAGAUAUGAAUUUUAUCUUCAGGACGCACGACGUUACGUGCCAUAUUUUCAAAGAAAAAUGUGCAAAAAUAUGAGAGCCAGUUUGCGAAAAAUGUUGGAAGACAUCGGCUUUGAAAUUUUGCAUUGCAGUAAGAGGGAAAAAAGUUAUCAAUACAGCAAUCAAAGUUUAAAAAAUCAUGUGUUAGCCGUUAAUCCUUUUAUAAAGAGAAUACCUGAUAAUAUGAAAAGUGAAUUCGUGGACAAUCUGAUUAGCGAAAUAUUAAGCCAGAACGUUUUGACUCCGCUUGAUAGCAAAAACAACGAAUUAGUAUUGAGAUACUACCUCCUAAUAGCGUAUAUAAAAAAACCGCAAUCGGCCACUUAAGUGCCCAAAAAUGUCUCUAUAUAAAAGAUGAUACAAAAUUAACAAAAUUAUUUUUAUCUUGUUUGCCAUAUUGACAAAAUAAUUAGA